AAUGCGGGAAAACGUUACUUCUUACUUUAUUUUCUAAAAUAAAAAAGACUGGAAAUACAAUUUCUUCGGAAUAAAUUGAAGGAGAGAAUAUGGAGAGAGAAAGAAUCUUUUCGGUUGAAAAAGUAAAACGGAAUAACGGAUGAAGCAAAUAUUUUAAUUUUGCAUUUCAUUUGGAAUCCGACGAACACUCCUCCCUUCAUACAGAAAAAGAAGAAACAAAAGCGAUGAGCUCAAGCAAAGCCGGCGGAGAACCGUCGGCGCGGGGAUCGACCUCUUCGGACAGGCAAAAGGAGAAGGCCAGACUGAGCCGGACUUCGCAGAUCUUAUGGCAUGCUCAUCAGAAUGACGCCUCCGCUGUACGCAAGCUUCUCCAGGAGGAUCGGUCUUUGGUCAAUGCUAGGGACUACGACAACCGUACGCCUCUCCACGUCGCUUCACUCCAUGGUUGGAUCGACGUCGCCACUUGCCUCCUCGAGUUUGGCGCCGACGUCAACUCCCAAGAUCGGUGGAGGAAUACGCCAUUAGCCGAUGCAGAAGGAGCUAAGAAACAUAAAAUGAUCGAACUAUUAAAAUCAUAUGGUGGAUUAUCUUAUGGACAAAAUGGAAGCCAUUUUGAGCCAAAGCCAGUUCCACCUCCUCUACCUAACAAGUGUGACUGGGAAGUUGACCCUUCUGAGCUGGACUUCUCAAAUUCAAAUAUCAUAGGGAAGGGGUCAUUUGGUGAGAUUUUAAGGGCCAGUUGGCGAGGAACACCUGUAGCUGUCAAACGCAUUCUUCCAUCACUUUCAGAUGACAGAUUGGUGAUUCAGGAUUUCCGGCAUGAAGUGAAUUUGCUCGUAAAGCUCCGCCAUCCAAAUGUAGUUCAAUUCCUCGGAGCUGUCACUGACAAGAAGCCUCUUAUGUUAAUUACUGAAUAUUUAAGAGGGGGUGAUCUUCAUCAGUAUCUCAAGGAAAAGAAUGGACUCAAUUCAUCAGCAGCCAUCAACUUCGCAUUGGACAUUGCUAGGGGUAUGGCUUAUCUUCACAAUGAGCCAAAUGUCAUAAUUCAUCGAGAUCUAAAACCAAGGAAUGUGCUUCUGGUAAACACCAGCGCAGACCAUUUGAAAGUUGGAGACUUUGGACUGAGCAAGCUCAUCAAGGUCCAAAAUUCUCAUGAUGUCUACAAAAUGACAGGCGAAACAGGGAGUUAUCGUUAUAUGGCUCCUGAAGUUUUCAAGCACCGGAAAUAUGACAAAAAGGUUGAUGUUUUCUCUUUUGCGAUGAUACUUUAUGAGAUGAUUGAAGGAGAACCACCAUUCUCAAAUCAUGAGCCUUAUGAAGCAGCAAAGUUAGUGGCAGAGGGUCACCGGCCUAAUUUUCGUUCAAAGUCAUUUCUCCCUGAACUGAGAGACUUAACAGGUAAGUGCUGGGCUUCUGACAUGAACCAAAGACCUUCUUUCUUGGAAAUUCUCAAGAGGCUUGAAAAGAUAAAGGGAAAUGCACCCAGCGACAGUCAUUGGAAUAUAUUCAGUUAAUGAUAAAUUCCCCUUUCCAGGUCGCCUAUUUGUGUAGAUAAUGGUAUUAUAAAGUAGAUUUUUCCAUGACUGGAUUACCUCUGUCCUUUCCAAUUCAAUCAUGAAAGUAGGUCUGUGAAGCAAGUGAACCAAGGAGGUCUCCGGCAUUGACAGUACAUAAAAUGUUUCAUCAUCUUAACAGGGUUGUAUCUUGCAUCCUUCAAUUGUAUCCCUUUUAGUCUUUUUACUGAUAUUGUUUUAUUCUUUGUAUAUGGUGAAUUUGAUUUCUUGUUUUGCAAGGGACAACUUUUGAAUCA